AACGCAAGAAAGAAGAAAACGUCGAGAAAGGGAAGAGAUUUUUUGGAAUAAGGAGCCACAGGAAGAUUGAUCGCCACAAGCAACCUAAGCACAGACAACAGUUCCCGAGGAGACCUAUAGUCAAAAACCAGUCAGCAAAAAGUCGCGCCUAAAACGCAAAAAAUAAAAAAAAAAUCACAAAGCCGGACCUCCAAAACAAUACAAAGAGAAUAGAAAAAUAUUCGGGUCCAUCUAAAGAUCGACCACAGAGACUAAAUGUAGGCCCCAGCCCAGGACCUAAAAGCCCACCUGUCAGGCCAAAGACGCUUAGCACUAUAUAAACAAGAGAAAGAAAAGCUUGUUCUGGGGUUGGAAGAUUGAAGACUAAAAGAGCAUAUAGAUACAUAAAGGUUGUGAGCAUCAACACCCUUACUGGAUUUUUUUUUUAAGACUGCUGAUCUUUAUUUGAUCUUUAUACAUAGAACAUGUCGUCUUCUGAUGACGAGUCUUCAAAAGGAGUUGUCUUUGCACUCAGGCGAUUUGAAGCCUUCAGGUCAAUGAGGGUACACACUCAAAGAGCACGCCAAGCAAAAGCCGAGAGUAUUGAGAAGAAAAAAAGGAUGCCGCCUAUUCUUAUGAAGCUGUGCCCUAGUACGAUUGACCCAAAUGAAGAUUGUUUUGCAAUGACUCUUGAUGUUAGUCCUAAAUUCGGAUCUUCCGGCGUCAUCCCAUGCCCACCCCCACCCCCGUACCUGCCCACCGACAUGCCCACCCCUAGGAAUCCCAGUUUCUUCGAUCCAAUGCUUUGUCUCAACAUCAGGUCCGAUGAUUUCAGCGAAGCUUUAGUCUUUUACAUAGAGGCCUUUGGGGCUGAGGACCAGUCUGAUAGCACCGAAGCUAUACUCAAGAUCGGUGCACAAAAAUUUGUCAUAUUUAGCACCUUACACAACUACUUGACUCCAGAUGGAGCUCUUUUCUCUCUCUCUACCGAUGAUGUUGAUAGUGUUGUCGACAAGGCUCUUAUGGAGGGUGCUACUUUGUUGGGAAAACCUGUGCAGGUGUAUAGCAAAUGUCAGGUCUGGUGCAAAUUGGUCAAAAUAUAUGAUCCGAGUGGUAAUCUAUGGAUCAUCCACUCCAGGAAGUUAUGUUCAACUUGUCUGCAAUCCUUUGUGUUGGUGAUAUAGUUAUUAUCACGCCAAAAAUUUUUUGUAAACAGCAAUAUUUUUUGAUUUUUCUUUCUAGUUAUGUCUAGAUUGAGAAAUGACUUGUGAAAUAUGAACUAUCAUGUUUCCAUCUUGUAAAACUUUUAACAACUUAAUUUGUGACUACCAUUAUUAGUGGUAAAUUAUCAUAUGAUUUGCUCUGCUUUUUAUUUUUAUUGUUUUUGCAAUAUUAGAAAAUGUUAUUGCAAAAGGAAAUACCUAUAAGAGUAAGAGGGGCAUUAACCAAUAAAUCUCAGAAAGCUCUACCCUCGAAGAGCUUAAAGAGGUAUGUUUUGUGGCGGAUGAAUUCUGCUAAAUAUUUGACUAUGUGUGGUUAUCUUGCCACAAAAUGCAACUUAAAUUAUCCAAGAAGUGGGUAAUUAUGAAUCCCUACAGAGGAGCCUACAUAUUGACAUCUAACAAGGAUUUAUCUUCACAAACUUAUAGAGCUACUCAGGAAUUUUUAGAUGUUCCUAACAUCAGAUACGCAUAACAUGUUUUGUUUUAUGGUUAACUCUUCUGGCUACAUCACUUUAAUCUUAUCUCUACUCGUGGCAGGUUAAUGAGGGAACAAUUUCUGUCUAAAAAUUUCGAGGCCCUUAUUGUCAUCAGGGGAUUGAUUGUGCAGAAAACAAAGUUAAUAAGUGAUUGUAGUCAACAGAGAGAACACGCGCCGAUUCAAGUUGUUUUAGUAGAAAUUAUAGAAGAAUUUUAGUACGUUUUAAACCUGAGAUUUUAAGUUAGUGAUGGUAUUGGUAUACACUAAGAGCAUCUCUAAGAGAUUAGCUAUAAUUUUGAGGAAUAUGGUACAAAACGUCACUGAGUUCUAGGCUUUCCCUUAGGACCCCCCUUUCAUUACCCAUUCACCCCUUUCAUUACCCAUUCUAGGGCCGAGCAAACGGUCGGUUCGGUCCAGAGUAGCCAUACACAUCAGUUUUAGACUUUAGUGAUUUACACUUAAAUACUCAUUGUACCUGCCAUCCAGAAGAUUCUUCAGGCUAGUUGCUAUCUUCAAUGUUAGAUGCAUGGUUGGGUACAGAACUUUCUUCUUGACCUCUUACCCCAUAAUAAAAUUCUUACAGGCUGCAGGUUAUUCACAUUUUAAGGUUUCUAUACUGCAAGACUCAUUUGUGCAGGAAUUUUGGAAAAGCAUCGGUAAACAGAAAUAUCUGGAGAAGUUACAUCCUAUGGUUCUAUCGAAUUUGUACGGUGUACUUGAUAAGAGUACUGCUGCCGCGGCUUCUCUGCUGCUGGUUGGCUCUAGUGAACAGCUUGGUGUCCCAAUUACAAUUCAUCAGACAAUAUUACCUCUGAUUCAGUAUUAUGGGAAGGGUCUCUGCAGUGAUGGAAUCGACGUUGUGAUUAGAAUAGGUGUUCAUCUUGGGGAAAAUUUUGUUGUCAAUCAAGUAUUACCGGUACUUCGAAGCAUUGCUAGCUCAUGUAUUGAUGCGUCUCGUGUUAAUAAGCCUGAACCACUUCAGAGCUGGGGUACAUUAGCCCUUAUGGACUGCUUAAUGACAUUAGAUGGCCUUGUGGUAAUUUUGAAGGAGGAGGUGGUUGUAAAAGAGUUGAUUGAAGAGGGAGAUUGCAUCUAUGUAGAGGUGCUCAUGCAAUCCACCACAGGAAUUCCAGUGCUCCAGGCUGCUGCAAGAAGUUUACUUGCAGUGUGUCAUCAAAUAGGACCUACUUUAACAGCAUUGCAAGUCCUGCCCAAACUCAAAGAUCUUUUCAGUGAACUUGCAUUCUCUCAGGAAGCUUCGGCUAGUUUUGCCUCUUCCGGUGGAAGGGUGAAGGAUUGCAAGAAAAAAACUGAUGAGGUUCCAAUUGACAGUCAUAUGGACCUUGUGUUGCUUCUUUAUCCUCCUCCUGCAUCACUUCUUGGUACAGAGAAACUUCGACAAUGUUUUGCCACAUGGUUGCUCCUUGAGCAGUUUCUUUUACGGUGUUAUAAUUGGAAGUGGGAAUAUACGGGGGAUUUAUCUGGUCCAGAAAACAUAAACAGUAAAAUUUAUGGUUUGAAGAGUUCAAGAUCUGAGUUUAGUCCUGCUAGAAAGCUGCUUAAUACAUCUGCGUGGUCAAUACCACAAUCACAAGCGUACAAAGGUCCCAAUACCUUGAAGCCUCACACAUGGUCACAUGAAUAUCAUCGUAACCCAGUUGAUCAUCCUGUGAAAUCCUCGAAUGUUGAAAAGCAUGAACCCUGGUAUUGGUUUCCUAGUCCAGCAUCUGCAUGGAUUGGACCCUAUGUUCUUGGUUGUGGUGGGGGUUCAAAAGAAGAACUUCCAUGGAAGAUCAAAGCUUCUGUGAUACACUCUGUCCGUGCUCAUCUACUGUGAGUGUAAACUUUUUACUGCAGGAGUUGGUCAAGUCAAAGGAACUAUUCAGAAAUGGGACUUAUCAAGAAUCAAUUGCUUAUCGGGCUAUCAGGGAAAUGAGGAGGUUGUAAAUGAGAUAUGUCUUCUGGCAUCUUCUGAAAGAGUUGCCUCUUGUGAUGGAACUGUGCAUAUUUGGAAUAGCCAGACAGGGAAAUUAAUCUCUGUAUUUACUGAAUUUUCUGAAGAUUCUGUGCAUCACAUAAGCCGCUUAACUUCUGGAUCAAGGGCAAAUUUGGACCAAGCCAAUAUGCUAAAUUUCAAUCGUCAUUUAAGUGGAAUAAUGACAACUGCAUUUGAUGGAAGUCUGUAUACUAGCUUGCAUUUCCUGCAAAACAUUAAUAGGCUUGUGAUGGGUACUGGGAAUGGCUCUCUUAGAUUCCUUGAUGUGGUCCAAGGUCAAAAACUUCAUUUGUGGAGGACUGAAUCUCCGGAAGCCAGUUUCCCUUCUUUGAUCUCUUCUAUAUGCUCGUGUGGCUCUGACAAAAUGCAAGGUGAUGGAAUUGCAGCUUCGCCAUCAUGGGUUGCAGCUGGACUGAGUUCUGGUAAAUGCAGCUUGAUGUGAGAAGUGGGCAUAUUAUUGCCUCAUGGCAGGCUCAUGAUGGACAUAUCACUAAGGAAUAUUCAUUCUCAAGAAUAGUAUAUAUGCUUGAUUGAAAAACGCAAUUCAUCCUUUGCCCAUUUUGUCAUUUGUAAAUGCAGUUGGCUGCACCAGAGGACCAUAUGCUAGUGUCCAGCUCGCUUGACAGAACACUAAGAAUCUGGGAUUCAAGAAGGAAUUGGACAUCAGAAUCUACUCUGUUUAAAGGCCAUAGUGAUAGUGUAUCAAUAUCCAGAAAUAAGAUUGGGCUUUCUUCUUUGUCUAGACCUGCUUAUGAAACACGCAACCGAGAGAGAAUUGGGGAAAUCACCAGGCGGUGGCUAGGAUUUCAUUCAAAAUUCAACACAAAUCCAAUCCAAGCUAUUCGAAAGGGGUUCGGAGUUCGCUGAUGGGGCGAUGGUGGUGGUGACAUCAGGGCCAGUGGCCGGAAGAUCGGGGCAACACCAGCAUUGCUGCGCCUCCACUCGGUGCUCUUUUUUCAGGAUAUCAUCCUCCUAAUAAUAUAAUUUUGGUUACCCCCGCAAGUUGCAAUUUUAAUCUACAAGUUGCAAUAAAAGAGAAAGCGAAAGAAAGGCGGUCAGAAGAAGAAAGAGGAAUCUAUCCAGGUCUCUCUAUCUCUUCUUUCUCAUUUGUUUUUUAAAUUUGCUUAGAUAAUAGCAAUUUGAAUUGCUCGAUUCGAUCAGUUGAGUAUGUUUUGUGUGUUCGCCUGUGUAUGUUUGUUUACGGCUUCGGUUGUUCUGUUUAAGAUUUUUGUAUGAGAAUCGAAUCUAGUUUGUGGACACCAGCACGCUUUUCCGAUAGUUGCUUGAUUAUGAAUCUGUUGGUUACAAAUUGUCUGUCUAAAUCUAUUUAUGGUUACCGCUGUGUGAGUGUGUUUUUAUGCACUGAUAGCCUAGAUUAGUGUUUCUUUUUACGGGCUAACAAAUCAGAACUAGAUCUAUAUAAGUUUUUGUGUGUAUGAUACAUAAGCUGAUUCUAUUGGAUAUUAUCGAAUUUGUUCUUAGUAUUCGAGUGUUUAUUGUUGAUAAUCUUAGGAUUUUAUUGAAUCUGAUCGCCACAUGCUCAGGAAUCAGAUAGACUAGUUGACUAUAUGGAACUGAACCUAGUUUUGUGUGUAGGUUUAUGAUUCGAUUUUACUAUCUGCACAGUUUAGACUUAUGAGUACUAGUUUUCUGUAUAUUUUUAGCUAUGUGUGAUUGUGUACAUUAAUCGAACCCUGUAUUCUGCUAAGAUUCACCUGUAUGUGUAUUUUAGUUCUAGUAAUAAGUUGUCUGUGCGGAUCUCUUUCUUGCUAAUAUGACUGUACCACAAAGGUUGGGGGCCAUGCACGAUGGCUUUGUGUGUCUUUUAGAGACAAUAUAGUACCCAAUAUGGGCGAUGGUGUAUACCAUUUUACACAGUUAUGUCUUUUGACAUAUAAAAUCCUAUUAUCUCCAGGUCUAAUUCUGAUAAGUUAAUAGUAAGCUCUGAUAGUAUAUUUGUAAUGUGGAUUCCGAAUGGUCAGUAAUGAUUAUACAAGUAUAUGAAUAUUUGGUGUUUUAGGAAGGAGAAUUACCAUUAGCUAGUGGUAUUUUAAACUGAAAACAAGAAAAGCUGUAGAGAUUUUUCAGGUUGGCAUUUAAACCUCUUAAAAGGAAUUAGUGAAAGAUUUAUUUUCUGCCAAAUUAGUAAAAAAUAAAAACACUGGAAUCUUCUUUUGUAAUAUCCCCAUAACAAACCAGUAUAUGUUCAUACUCAGACUUUGUAUCAGAUUAUAAGCACCAAUCCAGGAGUUAGGAAUACUGCUCAGCAUAUAAUAAGAAUAAAUUAACUACAUUAUAAAAAUCAGUUAGACGACCAUAAUUAGAGGACAUUUCUGAAAUACAAAACACAUGUUAUCAGUUUAUAUGAACAGUUGUGAUUAAGCAUUAAUCUAGGCCGAUAAGGAGUAAAAUCAUGGAUAUGUAUUAAUCAAUAGAGUAAGUUAUAUAGUAAUUUAUAAAAUUAAAGGAGUCUAAAUAGGAAUUAGUUCUAAUUUAAUUACAUUCAUUAUGAGUUAAUUAUGAGUUAAUUGGUGAUGAUAAAAUGUCUCAUAUUCAAUUAAGGAAUAUAUGUUUGGUAAGUACCAUUAAAACAGAGGUAAUCAGUCCAUAGGAUAAGCCCAAUUGAAAGGGUACUUACAGACUAAAAUAAUGUUCUAAUGAUGGACCAUAUAGUAUAUAAUUAGAGCAAAUAACAAACAAAUAUCAUCAUCACCUAUCUAUAAGUGUUCAGCUACAAACAGAGUUAAACUUCAACUUCACUAUGAAAAACACUGAAAACCAUACAUCUGAAACAUUAAUACUGAACCCCUAUGAAUUAGAGGUUAUAUCCAAUACAUCUCUCACUUUAGAAGCUGAAACAACUGAAACACCCAAUAUUAUAUAUGGGCGAACGCUAUCCGGUAAACCAAUAAGCAAAAUAGGGCUGAAGAAUUUGUUUGAGUCACUAUGGCAGAAUAAAACAGGUGUGAAUUUGAAGAUUAUAUGGAGGGUAUUUUUACUCUAUCUUUUGAAUCAUAAGCAGUUAAGAAUAGGGUGGUAAGAGGACAACCAUGGCAUUUUGAAGGAAACUAUCUUAUCCUAGUUGAGGUUGAUGCAAUGACUCAAUGAACAACUGAGCUUUUCCUACGGAUCCCUUUCUGGGUUCAAGUUUUCGGGAUACCUCCGGGUCAUAUAGUAAAACCAAAUGGCGAAAGACUAGAAAAGGAGAUAGCAAACUCCUUAGGCAAGUUCAUGGAAUUUGAUUUAAACUACAGUCGCAAUUUCAUGCGAUUCAGAGUGCUUCUAGAUGUCUCUAAGCCACUGCUCAAAGGAAAACUCUUAAAGCUAAAUAAGCUCAGGGAUACUAUAUGGAUUUCCUUUCGUUAUGAAAGGCUGGCAAAGUUUUGUUACUUUUGUGGCUAAUAUUAAAGCUGUUGGCAAGUUGAAACCAGGGUCUUAAGGGACUCGUGUGAAUUUUAUAGAUGAAAAUGGGUUGUUUUUUCAUAAAACAACUCUCUUUUGGUCUGUCUUUACUACUACUGAUAAAAAUAUCACCUUGUUUUGCUUGCUAUUGUUCUGUUGAAUAGUAAAAGAGUUGUUUGGUCGGCAAAUAGAGGCAACCCUGUUAGGAUUCAGAUUAAUUUGUACUUGAUGAGGGUGAAAAGACCUAGUAUAGGAUCUCUUGGUUGUAAGUCAGAGGCUUCUAUAGUAAAAGAAUUAUCUACAAUUUCCUUUCUAAAUAAAAAUUAAUAUUUUUAUUUUGAAAUAAAAUUUUGAAUUAUAUAUAGAUUCAUAGUUCUUAUCCCAAAUUAAAGAUAAAAAUUAAAAACAUAGUUUUACCCUCUUAUAUUGGGCUAUGACUGUUUACUUUUUUCCCAAAUCUUGUUACUAGGCCUGUGUUUGCAAGUUUUUUACUUUGCAUACAGAAUUACAAUCAUGUUGCUAGCUGCAAAUACAUUAGUCUUGUGCUUAGUUUCAGCCCAAGGAUAUGCAGGCAUUUUUGCUAGCCGUCGCUCUUUCAUUGCCUUCUUACCUUUUCAACUUGGUGCAAAUAGCCUGUUCUUGGGUGCCUUAUUUUUUGUUUGAUAGCUUCUUUGCAAGGUCUUGAUUAUUAUGAAUACCAGGCCGUUGGAGGAGCUAAUGACCACACUAUUUAAUCAGGCUCAAAUGACAUCAAACUUAUACAUACAUCAACUGGUAGGUAUUUGCACAUUGCUUAUUGGAAAAUACCUGAAAUGUUUCCAAACAAUAAAAAUAAGCUGGAGGUAAUUCUGAAUCAUCGUUGUUGUAUGACUGUGUUCCGGUUUCGAAUCACUUGCCUUGGCGAAAUUCAGUUUAUGAAAUAGUAAUAAGCUUUUUAUUUGGCUCAAAAUUAUGUAUAUGAGCACUUCGCGAUUUAUUAAUUUUUAUCUUUCCUAAUAGUUGGUUGUGAGCAUUACUAAUUGGGAGAGGAAUAUCUUUCAUAUAUAUAUAUUUAUGAUAUUCUGGUUCAUUUGGAACAAUGAUAGCAGAUAGAUACAUGCUUAAUAAAAUUUGAUAGUAUCUAACCAAAGGAUUUCCCUUUGGUUAGAUACUAUCAUAGUGGUAUUCUCUCGAAAGUUUAUUUCGAUCUUUUGAUUUUGAUGCAUUUAGGUGCAGUUUUCUUCUUUUCAUCUUUUCUUUAGUGCCUUUCAUGUUCCCUUUACAGUAUUCUUUGUUCUUAUUUUUCUUGUCUCACUCUCUAGUUCUUUGAAUCCUUUGUCUUUGUGCCUUUUGGCGUAGUCUCCUUUUUCCAUCUUUUUUUCGGAGUUUUUCAGGUUUCUGUCUUUCUUAUUCUUUAGUUCCUUCUUUUUUUCUCUCACUUUCUCCUUUCUUGUUGACUGUGUGUCUCUUUGUUUUGCGUAUUCAGACUUUAAAGUUUCACUGUCUAAACGUCCGGAGACAUCUUGGCAUGACUUUCGGUUAGACGGUGGACUUUAGCGAAUGAAUUUUCUCCUGGUCUUGUUUUGCUUUCUGGGUGUUUUCUUUUCAAUAGUGAGGGGAUUUUUAUCUAAAUUUUCGGGGACAUCCAUGCAUGUCCUUUGGUUAGAUGAAAAAAACU